UGCGCACUCUUAGAAUUAUCUGAAAUAACAAAGUCUGAAGACUUCUGUGUUUGAUGCAAGUCUGGGAUAAUCUCUUAGUUGCUGAGAAGAACUAAUGAGAUGAUUCAUAUGAAGUGCUAAGAGCAAUUCUUGGCACGCAGAAUACAUUCAACAAAGAUUAACUACUAAUAUUAUAUGGUGAAGUUCGCUGGAGGCACGGCCCAGCAAAGCACUGGCAGGCAGACAGGAGACGCGGCGUUUCCAUGCGCACUAGUCCUUUCCAUUUCAAGGAGAGAAGCCAAGGUGUUUUUACCCGGUGGAGGAAUGAUGUAGUUCCGUCUGUUCCCUUUUCUUGUACUUCCAGGUCCCCUGUUGUCAUCUGCUGCAUAUUUGGAAGGCUACGAUGGGUACGAAUGUGAAAAUUUGGAAGUUUCAGCUAACUCGUUGCUUCUGCCUGGAAGACCAUCCUUUAGAAGUAGAAAAAGAGCUCCACGUGGCGAUCGACUCCAAGAGACAAGACGUGUUGUAGAAAGAAAUGGGUGAAGGCAGCUCAGGGGGCCCCAAACGCGUGCUUCCUGUGGUCUAGUCCAGGGAAGCCCUCCCGCGGGGCCGUGACCGUCUGGGAUGUCGCCAGUUCUGGACGCAUGGCUGAUUCCUGAAUGAGGAUGGUUCGCCGGGGGCUGCUUGCGUGGAUCUCUCGGGUGGUGGUUUUGCUUGUACUUCUCUGCUGUGCCGUCUCUGUCCUCUACAUGCUGGCCUGCACCCCCAAGGGCAACGAGGAGCAGCUGGGGCUGCCCAGGGCCAACGGCCCCACGGGGAAGGAGGGGUACCAGGCCGUCCUGCAGGAGUGGGAGGAGCAGCACCGCAACUACAUCGGCAGCCUCAAGAGGCAGAUCGCGCAGCUCAAGGAGGAGCUGCAGGAGCGGAGCGAGCAGCUCAAGAACGCGCAGCAUCACGCCAGCGACGCGGUGGGCCCGGGCGCGGGGCGCGGCGCCCCCGGGCAGGCCCAGGCCGACCUGCUGGCCUUCCUGCACUCGCAGGUGGACAAGGCGGAGGUGCACACUGGCGUCAAGCUGGCCACCGAGUAUGCCGCAGUGCCUUUCGAUAGCUUCACCCUGCAGAAAGUGUACCAGUUGGAGAUGGGCCUGACCCGCCACCCUGAGGAGAAACCCGUGAGGAAAGACAAGCGGGAUGAGUUGGUGGAAGCUAUUGAGUCAGCCUUGGAGACCCUCAACAGCCCUGCGGAGAGCAGCCCGAAUCAGCAUCCUUACACCGCCUCGGAUUUCAUCGAAGGGAUCUACCGCACAGAAAAGGGUAAAGGCACUUUGUACGAGCUCACGUUCAAAGGGGACCACAAGCACGAAUUCAGGCGCCUUGUCUUGUUUCGGCCGUUUGGCCCCAUCAUGAAGGUCAAAAAGGAAAGACUCAGCAUGGCCAACACGCUCAUCAACAUCAUCGUGCCGCUGGCAAAGAGGGUGGACAAGUUCCGCCAGUUCAUGCAGAAUUUCAGGGAGACAUGCAUCCAGCAGGAUGGGAGAAUUCAUCUCACCGUCGUUUACUUUGGGAAAGAAGAAAUGAACGAGGUCAAGGGAAUACUCGAAAACACUUCCAAAGCUGCUAACUUCAGGAACUUUACCUUCAUCCAACUGAAUGGAGAAUUUUCCCGGGGAAAGGGACUUGACGUUGGGGCCCGCUCCUGGAAGGGGAGCAACGUCCUGCUCUUUUUCUGUGACGUUGACAUCCACUUCACCUCCGAGUUCCUCAAUACGUGUAGGCUGAACGCGCAGCCAGGGAAGAAAGUAUUCUAUCCAGUCCUUUUCAGUCAGUACAAUCCUGGCAUAAUAUACGGCCACCACGAUGCGGUCCCGCCCUUAGAACAGCAGCUGGUCAUAAAGAAAGAAACUGGAUUUUGGAGAGACUUUGGAUUCGGGAUGACAUGUCAGUAUCGGUCAGACUUCAUCAAUAUAGGUGGCUUUGACCUGGACAUCAAAGGCUGGGGCGGGGAGGACGUGCACCUGUAUCGCAAGUACCUGCACAGCAGCCUCAUCGUCGUGCGGGCGCCCGUGCGGGGCCUCUUCCACCUCUGGCACGAGAAGCGCUGUGUGGACGAGCUGACCCCCGAGCAGUACAAGAUGUGCAUGCAGUCCAAGGCCAUGAACGAGGCGUCCCACGGGCAGCUGGGCAUGCUGGUCUUCAGGCACGAGAUCGAGGCUCACCUUCGCCAGCAGAAGCAGAAGACAAGCGGCAAAAGGACAUGAGCUCCCAGGGAUACGUUUCGGGAGAUGUUUCUCUUUUUUCCCCCCUUUUGCAAUUAACCUGACAAGCGGCUGCAACAAGGAAAAGGUUUCCAUAAAGGGCAAAAAAAGGAAGUUGACCGGUUAGUAAAAGACGAAGGGAGAGAGCCUCCAAUUUCUGCUUACGUGGUUUUAUGCAACAGGAAUGAAAAUCGGCCACUUUGCCUGCAGAAGUCGCCCCCACGAUCCUCUGCAGCGCCUCACGGAGGGUUGUGAGGAUCUAAGCUCGACGGCGCGGGGACUGGGACUGUUUGCAGCAAAGGGAGGUCUGUUGUUUUCUGUGCUUAUUGCAAUAUUCAUGAAUUAAGACCAGUUUUGUAAAAAGUUCAUUACGGUGAAAGGCAAACACGUUUCUCCCCAUCUGAAUGGUGGUGUCAGCAGGGCGCGGAGGCCGCGUGAAACUCAGAUGCCCUCAUCACGAUACCGGGGAGUAGCUUAAGCAAAACCAAAUGGACCAAAAAAGAAAAGAAACCAUAACUGUUGUGUCAUUCCCUCCCCAAGAUUAACCAAAAACAAUCUAAUCAUCUUUUUGGUUGUAGUUUUAACCAUCUCCAUUUGUUAAUUUUAUUUAAAAAUGCACUUUUCUUUUGCUUAUGAGUUAUAUUUUGCUUAUUUAAUGACCCAUUUGCAAGCCUUACUAAGAGAGCACAAGCUAGCAUACACUUUUAUAUUUUUUAAGAAGAUACUUUUAGAUGCAUGAUGAGAACUUUCCGUUCAGAGCAUCAGGUUGACACUCAUACCCGAGCACCCACCAAGUGCUGCCCUGUCAGACGCCGUGUCAGACCUUCAUCGCGUGGAAGGCGUGGCGUGGGGCUGCUGACGGGCCCAGGCGUAAACGGACUUUAUCUGAAGAGUAUUUCCGAAGAGGAGCAACUGAACACUGGAGGGAAAGAAAAAUACACUUUUGUUUUUCUUUUUUUUUUUUUUACCAGAAAAGGAAACUUGUUCAGACUCUUGAUUUAUUUAAUAGUCAGAAAAUACAUCUUUCCUUGGGAGAACUGGGUACCACUUUCUUACCUGUUUAAAUAAACCAAAGUGUACUGUGUGAACCAAACAAUCUCUUUUCAAAGCAGGGUGCUCUUCCUGGCUUCUGGCUUCCACGAGAAGAAUCACAGGAAAAUGAAUUUUGUGCAAGAUCAUUCCAUCUGCCGGAGUCUCGUGGGAGGGAAGAUUUUGCUACAUGCUCAUCCACCCCAGUGCAGGGGGAAGUAACUUUAUUAUGUUUUAAGUGAAGCAGUUCUACUCAGUCACCAAGGCGCUUCUGAAAAUUGCAUUUUAUUAUAGUUCCCAACUAUUUAAAAAAAAUAAAAACAGUUAACACUGAGUGGUUUCUGCAUUCAUGGGAAAAUUAUUUAUUUAUUAGCCAGCACCAGAUGCAUGAGCUAAUUAUCUCUGAUUCCUUAUCUUCUGUUUGCCCACAGUCAAGUCAUUGUUUAAAAGCUUCAAGAACAUUCAAGCUGUCGGUGUGUUAAAAAAAAAAAAAAAAGCAUUGUAUUGAUUUGUACUGGUAGUUCAUAAAAUUUAAUUAAAACACAGGGCAUGGAUGGAAGGUGGCAUUGGACAGCUAAUAAAAUAUGAUUUGUGGAUAUGA